AUGUCCGUUGACACUUUUAACCGUUUCCUUGCAACCACUACGGGUCGUGAAAAGGCCUGUCGUCUCGUUCAAUACUUUGCUCGCUUCUAUGCCUUUUAUCUUUUCCGUAGCGGUGCACCCAAGGAGGCUAUUCAACGUUGGAAUGAUCUCAAGAGCCAUAUCGGUAACGCUCGCAAGUUCUUCCGUCUCUUUAAGCAAGUUGAAUUCGCCACCACUGCUGUCAAGAGCAUGAGCAUCCAAGAUGAAGUUGUGCGUGCUACCAGCGUGCUUAAGCAGGUUGGCAUGUUCUUCUACUAUGGUACCGAAGCUCUCAAUUUGGCCAAUGCUAUCAAGUUUUACAAGUUCUCCAAUAUCAAGGACAUUCAACGUCUUGGUUUCAAAUGCUGGUUGUUUGCAUUGACUAUGUCCAUCAUCACCAGUAUCCACAAGUUGCGUGGAUUGCACGUUCGUGAAGCCAUGCUUAACAAGAACGAGAAGGCUCCCGAAGCCGAUGCUAAGGCUCUUGUCAAGGAAAAGAAGGGACUUCACAAGCAAUUAUUGCAAGAUGUUGUGGAUGCCAUCAUCCCUGUUGCUGGUCUCAACAUUAUCGGUUUCGAUGAAGGCAUCGUUGGUCUUGCUGGUAUGACUACCUCUUGGUUGGCUGUUACCUCCCAAUGGCAAAAGGUUGCUUCCAAGUAA